AUGGGCGACGAUUCAGAGUCAAAACUUAAAAUGCGCCAUAGUUUCUGCACACCACGAAUACCAAAGCAUUUACCAGAGUCUGACAACAGCUGCAAAUCUGAUAUCAACUUUUUAAGAUCUAGACAAAUAAAGCAUGAAAACAUAGUUAACAAUCUCAGGAAUUUGGGAGAAUACUACAAAAAAUAUGAACACGAUGAAAUCCCUGUCAAGGAUUCAAAGUUCUACGAUUUUACUGAUGUUGGAGAUCGAAGGUCACUGACUAAUUCAGAACUUGACAAACUUGAAAUGAAAAUUUUCAAAAAUAUAUCUCAGGAACUUCAAACUGACGAUAACUCGCUCACUAGUCUGGAGUCGAACAUAAAAUUCUUUAAAACUACGGUCCAAGAGAUAUUUGACAAUUUUUAUGCCAGUAUGCGGGACUUUGAGCUUUAUAAGAAAAGAUUUUAUGAGAUUCUUGCAAAGAACGAUACGGAAGCAGUUGCCGAUAUGGAAGACUUCAUUAAAGAUAUGAUACAACACAUAAUGUCCUCUGAUACAUCAAUAUCAAAUGAAAGUAAAAGGUCGUGCGACAGCAAGAGUUCAGAUCAUUCUAAGAAAAGUGAUGACUCUCUAAAAGACAACGAGACAGAAUCGUCUAUUCAAACCUCAAUUCAUGUGGAGGACACUUUCACACUGACCAGUCUCAACAAAAAAUCUGAUAUCGAAAACCUGGCACCCAUAGUGGAGGCUUACAAAAAUGAAGAAUAUCUCACUGAUUCUACUCUAAAUGAAAAAAAAGUUAAUAAAGAAAAAGAAACUGCGAAAGAAGAAGUUUUCAAUAUUUACUUGCUUAGCGGCAAUCCUUGUGUACAGAUCAAAAUGAAUGAUCGCAAUCUACUGUCGGAAAUAAAUAUAAAGAAACCCUCCAAAUCCCUUGAGCAUGGCAAGCAAGUAGCAUCUGCAGAGAAUAUGAUUCAAGUGGCUGCCAAAAAGAUGGAACUUAAGAAAUAUGUAGAACAGGAACAAGAAGAAUGCGAUGUUCCGGAUAGAGAAAUACCUGUCAAGGUUUCUUGUGCUAAGAAGAAUAUUUACCUCAACGAGGACUUCAGUCAUGACCGUGAAUCUGAAAAAUCUUUUAUAUCCAAAAUAUGCAACUUUUUGUGUCGUAAAUUUCGUAAAUCGUGA